AUUCACUCCAUUUGUUUACAGUUUCUCCGCCGCCCCGACUCGCCGCGUUGUAAUUCCUAUUUAACAACUGUUGGUGUGUGUGUGCGUUGAGGAGCCUUCCGCAGUAACCACAGCCUGUCACCCUAACACUGCUGCUUGCCUUCCCAGAGUGAGGCAUGGUGUGGGGCAGCCAUGGACGACCAGCUCAACAACAUGAACGCAAUUCUACAGGACAUGCAGCAGACACUCAAGUGCAACAUAUGUCUGGACAUGCUCAACAACCCCCUGACGACAAAGUGCGGCCACUCCUUCUGCGGAGAUUGCUUACAACAACUGGUGCGACGGCCUAGGGGGGUGGCCCAGUGCCCUCUCUGCAUGGGGCCUAUAACCCGGCGCUCCCUGUCCCGCAACCCUAAGGUCACGUCGCUGGUCAUGGGGGUCAGGAAGGUCAUCGCCAGCAUCAAAAAGGACUGCUGCUUUGAGGUCACCCCAUCCAAGUACCGGCCCCGCCCCCGCCCCGAGGUGGCCGCUGAUGACGAUGACUCCGAGAACGAGGAGAAGGACGAGCCAAGACGGGGCACCAGGAAGCGGGGCGCCACCACACUGUACAACCCCGAGGUGGUCCCGCCCCGGCCCCGCCCCCGCCCCGCCAAGAGGAGGAUUCUGGCUGCUAACGGGGCACAGGAGCUCAGCCUACACAGCGAGGGCGCCACCAUGGCCCCGGAAGCUGGCGGGGCAUCGGCGGGGCAAGACGGCGGGGUGACCCUAGUGGACGCCAUCGCCCGGGACCACACUUACUCCUCCCCCACCAAGCAGGCCCCGCUCGAACGGCCCAGCACCGCACCCAAGCCCCGGAAUAGGUCUCGGGGCGGGGCGGGGCAAGUUGCAACAUACCCCGGCCCCAAGAAACUGGAUGAGCUAACUGGGGAUGUGCUAGUCUCGGCCAGUCAGGAGGGGCGGGUCAUCUUUCCGGGGGAGGAUGUCGGGGCUGGGGCGGGGACCGGGGCGGGGCAACCUCUCCCCGGCCUGACCCGUGAACGCCCCGAGGAGAAAGUCGCGAAGUGGUUAGAUCGCAGUCGGGAAAUCGGGUUUCGGAUCGGGGCGCCCCACUCCUCCACCCCCGGCUCCAGUACCGCCCCGUCAGGCACCCCGGUCUCGUCUGGCUACCCCGGGGCGUCCACCUCCACCUCCCCCGCCCCGGAAGGCUCCACCCCCGCCUCCACCACCUCCGCCAACACAGCUUCCACCACAAAAAAGUUCUUCAAGAGUAAGGAACCCGCCCCGCCCCCCGCCCCGACACAAGCCACAAUGGGGGACUCCCAGGACACCUACACCUUCAUCCCCAGCCAGAAAACCCCGCCCCGGCACCCCAUAGGGAAACGCCGGGGCAGGGGGCGAGGCCAGACCCAGACUCGGGGCACGGGGAAGCUUGGUCUGGGGCGGGGUAGAGUUAGCAUGGGGUUAGGUCGUGUGAGAGGGCGGGGUGACGGGGCGGGGCUAGGCCGGGUCCGUGGGGGUUUGCGGGGCACACCGAGACCCCUAACCAGCCCCGCCUUGAAGCAUAGCAGCACUCCCAUGGGGCGCCCCGGUUCCCGCCCACCCCUUGAGCUGAGCGUCAUCGCCCCGCCCCGUGAGUCCCUGAUUGUUCGGGGCCAUGACGAUGAUGACUAUGAUACGACCCAGCCAGACCCCGAAGAAGAAGACGGGGCGGGGCGUGAGGACCUCCCCGACAGCUGCCCCGUGACGACCCUGGACCAUUUUGACCAGCUGGUGGCGGAGGUUAAGGAAGUCGCCCCGAUCCGCCCCGCCCCGGCCCCGAAACGGAAGGAGAAGGAGGAGGAAGAGGAGGCUGGGUUGCUAUUUGUCACACCAGCGCAGGGAACGGAAGAGGAGGAGGAGGAGGAGGAGGAAGAGGAAGAAGAGGAGGAGGAGGAUAGGGGUGAGACAGGACAUAACCAGCAGCCUCCACCCCCACCAGAGGAACCACAGAGCCUCCCUAAGCCUCCACAGCUGCAGCCCCCGGUCAACAACAGCGGAAAUGAAAACAAAAACAACGACAGCAGUAGCAGGGGUCGCCGUAGCCUUAAGCAGGAGCAGGAAGCCAUGACGAGCCUGCUGGAUGGGGUGGACGAUCACCAGCUGUCAUUUACGACCCCACAGGAGGAGGAACAGGUGCGGAAAUCCCGUCAGGAGCAGCGAGAGGCAGCCAUGCGUCGCGACCUGUCCAUACUCGCUCAGACGCAUGACAACACAAUGCAUAACGCCUCCGUCGCUGCCCCGUCACCUCCACCAGCCAUGGCCCCGCCCCCUGCCCCGCCCGGUCGCCGUCGGGUCCGUUUCGACGCAAACUCAUCGCAAAGUGGAACGCGCCCCACAAAACGCGCCAACACCCGUUACGCCUCCGAGCUUAAGCACCAGCUGGUCGAGACGGGGCGCCCCACCCCCGCCCCGGUCAGCCUGAAGAGUGCCCGCAGUGCCAAGUCCCCCGGAUGGUCCCAUGUCGCUGGUGCCCGCAAAGACCUGACCCUUCGUAGCGUGUCCUUAAAUAUCACCGGGGGAGACAUACGCCCCACGGGGGAUGUGAGCCGGGGCGGGGGCUUGGCCGGGGCGUUACCCUCCUCCGUUGACACGAACCUGAGCAUUGAGGACACACAGCAACAACAGCAACAAGAGGAGUGUGACGUGGAGCACCUUCCGCUGUCCCAGGCUAAGUGCGAUCGACUUCAGCGUCUCAAGGACAUCGUAACUAGCAUGAACCAGCCGCCUAACCCUCCGCCGGCCGCCAUGAGCCUCCGCCGCCGCUCCCACAGCCCCACCGAGGAAGCACAUGACCUCACCACAACCACGCACUCCGACACCAGCAACACCACUAACACCAGCCUCACAGACACAGUGACAGACACCCUCCCGACCAAGGGCUUUAAGAAACUCCGCCUUUCCCUUACCAGACUCAUUCCACAGGUCGAGAAAAUGGCACAGGAAAAACCGUAUAUCGUCAAGGAUGCUGUGCGGGAGAGUCUGAGCCUGUCCCCCCGCGUCAAGCCCCAGGGGAAGGUUGUGAGGGAGCGGGAUAGAGAGGAGGAGGAGGCCUUAGCUAACCCUGGGAGGAGAACGCCACAACCACAGGGGAGGGAGGCGUCAGAGGGAGAGAGGGAGAGAAAUGUACUGGGGAGAGGAGUGUCGGAGGGAGAAGAGAGAGAGGAGGAGAGAAAUGUGAGGAGGGAGAAUGCGGAGGAGAGAAACACAGUGAGAGAAAGAGAUGAGGAAGAGAGAAAUGAGAUGGAUGAGGAGGAGGAGAAAGGAAUGAAGAAGAGAAUUGAGGAAACGAAAAACUGUACAUCAAAAUCCGUUAUCUCUCUAUACAAGGACACGGAGGCGUUCCUAGUCCACAGCAAUGACACAGCAGGCCACAGGGAGCAGGUACAGCCAGCAGAACCCUCCCCACAGCCACAGAAAUCCACACCACAGCAGAGGGGAGCGAGGGACCCGUCACCACAGCACGAACGCAAGCAGGAACAGGCCCCACAGCAAACCACGCAUACCACAGCGAAACGGAAGGCGCGAGAGGCCUCCCCACAGCAGGACGAACAGCAGGAGGACGCCCUAACACAGCACACACAGCCGGGGAAGAGGAGCAGGCACGGCGACACAGCAGAGAGGCUCGAGGACUCAGACACAGCGAGGGGACAGCGUAAGACAUUCUCGUUCACCACAGACACGGAAGAUUUGAACACCUUGAUAAACGACAGCUCAGACACGCAGCGCUCAACACCACAGCAGCAACAGGCCAAGACGAGAGUGCCGAGUGCUGCCCGAAUGUCCCACAGCGAUUCGGACACACAGCGCUCAGUACCACAGCUAAGACAUGCAAAAACGAAAGUGCUGAGUGCUUCGCGAAUUUCACUCAGCGAUACGGAUACACAGCGCUCGCUCACUCAGCAAAAACAGACCGAAACAAGAGUGCUGAGCGGUAUGGAUACACAGCGCUCGCUCGCUCAGCAAAAACAGACUGAGGCAAGAGUGCUGAGCGAUUCGGAUACACAGCGCUCGCUCACUCAGCAAAAUCGGAAAGCACUGAGUCUGUCGCAAACAUCUGACCUCACCGCACUCAGCAAGCCUCGCCCGCCCCACCACACCAUCAGCCCAAGCCUCCCUACCCCCCCCUCAGCGACCCCAGGGCAAGACAUGACCUCUGUGACCUCUGGGGGAUCGCCGAGAGAGGAAAGUGUGACCUCUGAUAUUAAGAGUUUGACGGAGGGGAAGAGUGACCUGAUUGCAGAUGUCGCCAAGGAUAGUGUGACCUCGGGGUCGGGUCACGGGUCGGGUCAGGUCGUGGAGGGAAGUCUGGUGGUUCCCUUCAAGGCUGUGGGGCCGCUGUGCACUAAGGGGUGCGAGGAGGCGGGUGCGCGUGGAGGUCAGGUCGUGGCCAGGGACAUCACCAAGGACCUGUGCUUACAUACUGUGCCCUGUGAAGUGUACCAGGUCAUCUUAAAAUACCUGCAUGUCCUGACCUCACAGCCUAAUCAACACAGGGACUGCUGUGGAGGAGGCAUACUGCACCCACCACAGCAACCACCACAGACAACCACAGAAGCAUUAACCUCACCACAGCCACAGCACUCACAGACAUCACCAGGAGGAGGAAGGAGAGAGCUGUCACCUACACAGCCCUGGUCCUCACAGCCACAGCACUCACAGACAUCACCAGGAGGAGGAAGGAGAGAGCUAUCACCUACACAGCCCUGGUCCUCACAGCCACAGAACCCACAGCAGUUACCAGACACACAGCCACUAUCCCAGGACACACAGCCAUGGUCCUCACAGCCAGAAGAGGAGGGAGUGAGUUCAAGCCAAACGUCUGUACCUCUCUUUGACUUGGAGGUGAUACGAGAUAGCUACCAGUCACAGGGCCCCACCACAGCGCUGCCCUUGCCUGGGGUCAGCGUUGGGAAGGGGGACAUGUGCGCUGACCUGACCUUGACCCCUGACCAAGAGGAGGAGGAGGAGGAGGCUAGUCGGAAAGUACGAGAUGUUUUACAGGAGAAGGAGGCUUGUCAGGACACACAGGAAGAGUCUGAGGAUAUCACGAUACUUUCACAAGCUGCCCGGGAGAGACUCAACCGCUUAACCACAACCACCACCGAGAGCCAGGGUAGCCAGGAGGAAUCAAUCAGCCUCCUAGCGAACUUAGAAUCAGUGCCUGGGGGUAAGAGCGACUAUGGUCAUCAUCAGCACCAGCAAGCGGAGUCCAGGGCGGGAGAUAAGCUUGAACGUCGCAGUUUGGGGUCCCAGCGAGGGCGGGAGAAGGUGGGGAUCGUUCCGGCUAUUGAGAAGGAGAACGUGCAAAGCCUCGCCGGUUCGCCCCCUGCCCCCGCCCCCGCCCCGGCCGUGACCCUCCGCCGGAAGCCCCAGAAAGGCGGCCGCCCCGUGCUGGAGGAUAUCCUGACUCAGCGGGGCGAUUCUCUGGGGCCGCCCUCCACGGAAUCCACGCAAAAGGCCCCGCCCCGCUCCACGAAACGCCCCUACGCCUCUGACCCAGGCCGGGGGAGGGCACAGCGGGGCGAGACGGGCACCGGGGCAGGGACGGACACCCAUAGCCCCGGACGCCCCGCACGGACCCGUCUCUCAACCCGGCGACGCUUCGUACGGAUAAAUCGUCCGCCAUCAAGCGAUUCCGACAGCGACGACGCCCCGACUCAAGCCCCGCCCCGCACCCAAGCCCCGGCACUCACCCAGAAGCCCCGGCAAGCCUCCCCCGCCCCAUCCUCCCCCAGCCUGACCCAACACCAGCUGGACUCCGAGGAAAUGCGGGAUUUGGAACGACUGGACCGGAACGUUUGGGAAGAAUUUGGGAGACCCGAUGACCUUGACCCGACGCCUGACCCCUCGCUGCCUGACCUGACCCUGCCCGCCGCCCCCCCCAGCCCCCCCUCCGCCACCUCCCACUCAGCCCUCUCGACAGCCACCCUCUCGGCCAGCACAAGGAAGGUGGUUGAAAGGACUGAUAGGAUUUUGACGAACAUGGAGGAUUUCUUAGGCCCGGAUGCCUCCCCUGCCCCCCCCUGCAGCCCCGGAGUGGUACAGGAGACAGACGAUGAGAAGGAGGAGGAGGAAGAAGAGGAGAAGAAAGAGGAGGAAGGAGAAGGAAUCACGGCGAAGCGGAGGAGGAGGAAGACCGAGGAGGAGGAGGAGGAGGAGACAGAGGAGGAGACUUUGAGCCACGGAAGCACUCAGAGUGAAGGAAUUAGCACGCAGAAACAGGAGGAAAUGAAGGAUGAAAUAGAAGCAUUGAGGAAGAAGAAGGAAGAGGUUAUGGCAGCAUUAGGGGACAGGAAGAAGAAGGAGGAAGAGGAGGAGAAGAACCAGAAGAAGAAGAAGAAGGAGGAGGAAGAGGAGAAGAAGGAGGAGGAGGAGGAGGAGAGCAUGGGUAUCAUAACAGGGACCCAGGAAGACCGUAACUCCCUUGCCCUAACCUGCCCCUAUGUCUCGGAGAUGGUUGAGGACAAUGACCUCUUCCCAAGCAACCCUGGUGGAGGUGGUGGUGAGGUCGCUCCGUCCUCAACUCCGCAGCAACCACCGCUCUCCCCUCCACCUCCGCUCCCGUCGCUAACACCACCCCAACCACAGUCACUUCCGUCGCAGUCUCAACCGCAGGAAGAAGAGGAGGUGGAGAAGGAGGAAGCUUUGCCGGUUGUGGAGCAGAGACGGAUCCCCCGCGCCCAGCUAGCAUCCUCCCUCAACACGGGGCAUGGGGCGGGGCGGGGCGGAACGAACCCCACCCGGAAGAACACCCCUUGCAUAAUCUUCUCCGGACUUGGCCUUGCCGAGCGACGGAGAAUCCACGAGAGCCUAGCCGUGAUGCAGCGCUUGGGGUUGGAGGUGCGGGGCGCGUGGGGGCCGGAGGUGACGCAUGUGGUGGUCCAGGCCAAGAGGAAGGUCGCCCCGCGCACCCUGAAGUACCUCUUUGGGGUCGCGGCGGGUUGCUGGGUCCUAUCGCAGGCGUGGGUCAUGGAUUCGAUCGCACGGGGGAAGCUUAUGCCAGAGGAGCCCUAUGAGGUGCUGGACGAGGCCGGGGAUGAUGGGCCGCGGCGUUCCCGGGCAGCCACGACACACCUGCUAGGAGGAUGCUGUCUGUGGCUUGUCCCGCCCUUCGAGGAUAUGACGCUGGACCAGGUGAAGGAACUGGCAGAGAUGAGCGGUGCCCAGGUGGUCUCGUCCCCCGCGGCACUGGCUCAGGGGCGCCGCGGGAACACCAACACCCUCGCUCUGAUCAUGCUGGACUCGGAGCAGGAGGCGGAGGGCAAGGAGCUGAUGGACCGACACGGACUGGUGGCAGUGGGUCAUAACUGGCUAGUGGACAGCAUAACCGCACACCGCCUGGCAUCUUUCCCUGAGCACCUCCUCGGCACUCCCACGCCCGGCACUCUACAGGCAUCUGGCAUCCCACUGGCACUGAUGAUGGACAGCCAGGAGGUGUGAGAGGAGGAGGAGGAGGAGGAGGAGAUAGACAGAGAAGAAGAGAGGAAGAGGAGGAACGCAAAGGAACGGAGAUAGAAAGAAAGAGGAAAGUGAAUGAGGAGAGGAAGGGAAAGGAAGAAGAGGAGGA